CAACCAUGGCACCCACAACAAUGCGCGCAUUCGCGACGACCAAUCGAGGAAUUGGCGGUACGGCUUGGAAACUUGCAACGAGAUUCAGCAUCGCGCAUGAUGUGUCGGUUAGACAAUUUCCUACGCCUACACCGAGUGCGACUGAAGUCCUAGUCAAAGUCAAAGCUGUCGCACAAAAUCCCACGGACUAUAAACACAUCGAUCUCCUUGGUCGCCCUAAUAGUAUUCUUGGUUGCGAUUAUGCAGGUACAGUCGAGUCUGUCGGGGCAUCAGCAAAGGGAAAUUGGAAAGUCGGCGAUCGUAUUGCAGGUGUCACUCAUGGCGGUAUCUACAACAAUCGCGGGUCUUACGCCGAAUACCUGACCAUCGACGGCGACUUAGCUUGGAAAAUCCCUGAAUCUGUCCCAUUCACCACAGCAGCUAUUUACGGCGUCUCUGCUGUUUCCGCCAUGCAAGCUUUGAACCUCGUUCUCGGUCUCCCAUGGCCAGACGAGAAGCCCGUAGAAGCAGGCAAAGAACUCUUCAUCUACGGCGGCAGUACUUCUGCAAGUCUAUUCGCCAUUCAGAUUGCCAAAAUGGCUGGAUUGCGUGUCAUAACCACUUGCUCACCUCACUCGAACGACCUUGUCAAAUCGUAUGGUGCUGAUGAAGUCUACAACUACAAAGAUAAAUCAAGUCUGCAGAAAAUCAAGACCGCGCAUCCGGAUCUCGCUCUUGCAUUCGAUGGCUUCGGUGGCGCGGGGAGCAAUGAGUUCUGCUGUAAUGUCGUCGCUAAUAAGAAUGGCAAAGUCGUUACGCUGGAUCCUCAGGCAAAGAGCGCUGUCAAGGGUGUCGAGUUGGAGACGAUGAUCAUGUACACUGUAUUUGGUCGUGCUUUCCAGCUUGUGCCACCCAUCGGACCCAAGUUCCCUAUCAAACUUGAAGACAGAGCAGGUUUGGCAAGAUUUUACGCCAUGUUGCCGAAAUUGGUAGAGGAGCAGAAAUUAAGAUCUCCUCCAAUUCAGCUGAGAGGUACAGGAUUCGACAAGAUAGAGGAAGGAUUGGAGCUUUUGAAGAGUGGCAAGGUGUCAGGGCAGAAACUGGUGCUGGAGCUUUACUAAGGAGAAAUGGCUUGUGGUUGAAGUAUACAUUGUUUCAGCAGGGGAUAGUGUUCUUUGUUAUUCUUCCAAGG